CCCAUCAUUCGACGGUUCGUCGCUGUUCGAUCGCCGUCAGGUUAGGUGUGCGUCGUGUUUGUGCAGGUGAAAAUUACCUGAUUAUCAUUGUAAAAGUGUUAGAAAGUGUUUAAAUUUUAUCAAAAGCAGCAGUGUGAUAUCUGUGUAACCGAAUUCACCAAUAAUCGCCAAGAUGAGUCUGCUUCCGGAGGAGGAUCUCAACGCGUAUAUCAUGCAGACCCGCGGCGGCGCUCCCGGAGAUAUCCUCGGGGACAAUCCGCCCCUCGGGCAGCUGAACAACGUGCAGCACAAGCGGCCCCGUGGACCGAAGAAGGGAGCGGCCACGGCUGGCAAACAGCAAGACUCGCUACCCAUUGAGGAAGCGCUCAAGACGGAACUGACCGGUUCGAACAGCAUGAAGACGCCGAUUUCGGUGCUGCAGGAACUGCUGAGUCGCCGUGGCAUUACGCCUCAGUACGACCUGAUGCAGGUCGAGGGCGCCGUCCACGAGCCGACGUUCCGCUACCGGGUUUCGUACCAGGACAAGGACGCCAUGGGAACGGGCAAGUCCAAGAAGGAGGCCAAACAUGCCGCGGCGAAAGCGCUGAUCGACAAGCUGACCGGAUGCUCCUUCGGCGACACACCGGUGGGCGGGGUGAGCGUCAAGAGCGACUCCGAAGCCGGCAGCGGUGACGACGAACCGUCCGGCAACCCGAUCGGCUGGCUCCAAGAAAUGUGCAUGGCCCGCCGCUGGCCACCACCAACGUACGAAACCGAAAUGGAGGUGGGCCUGCCCCACGAACGACAGUUCACGAUCGCGUGUGCUGUGCUCAAGUACCGCGAGGUCGGCAAGGGCAAGAGCAAGAAGAUCGCCAAACGGCAGGCGGCCCAGCGCAUGUGGCAGCGGCUGCAGGACCAACCGCUCGAACCGAACCAGAUCAUCCAGAUGCUGGACGAGGAGGGCAACGAGGAGCUGAAGGCGGCCAGCAUCUCCGGACGGUACGCCGGUCUCAAGGAUGUGCGCAUCCCGAGCCUGACGACGGGCCACGGCCAGAAGGUGUCCCAGUUCCACAAGGCUUUGAAGUCUCGCAGCGGCGAAUCUCUACGUAGAUUGCAGGUAAUUGGACAUUUGGGGGACUUUUUUUAAAAUUCUUUUGAUGAUUUCACCCUGCUCUGAGCUGUAAACUUGAUUUGUGACGAUUGUAACCCAUUUUAAUAUCACACACACAGGCAAAACCUUAUCUCGAUGAAGCUACCAAGAAGAGAGUUGAAGAAUACUUGAAAGCAUUUCCGUACCAUAAUUACAAUUA